UACACGGCCAUACUGAAGUGAUCCCUGAAUACUCGACCUUACUGAUCAUUCCUCUGACACACGACAAUAGACGACCAUAUACACAAGUAUUAUACUAGUGACAUUCUUCUCAAAUCGGUUCAAGUGAUGUUCCUUUAUUUUAAACAGAUGCAGUUCGUGGACAGUAAUUCGGCUAUAGUCCUGUUCUUUUUCCCGCGACUGAUGUUUGGGCAUUUUCAUGAUGCCCUUGUGAAGAGUCGGGACGCUAUAAGCAGCCGUUCUGGAGUGGUUGAAGCAUUAUCUUACAAGAUCCUUGUAUACCCAGACACACUUUUAAACGGAACUUUCCAAGACAAUCGUCAAGGUAUUUGUGUCAUCAGCUUCGACACUUCGACGGAAGCACACGAGUGGCUUAGUACAGAUCAACUGGUUACCAUGAGAGACAGGUGGUCAUACGGCAGAGAGGUCAACGUGGUGCUGGUCAACUUAGCUCUAUCUAGACACUACCCAUUUUCACUUUGUAAGUUAUAA